GCCUUAUCCUCUCUUCUUCUUCUUCCUUGUGCUGCUGCUUCUUGGCCAUGGCGGCUCCCCUCUUCCUCCUCUCCCCGCCCGCCGCGCACCGGCUAAUCACCCCCUCCGCCCUCACCUCUCCUCCUAACCCGACCCGCCUCUCCCGCCCGCGCCACCGCCUCCGCCUCCGCCGCCGCCGCCGACUUCUACUAUCUGCCCGCUCCGAUUCCGAUGGGGCGGCCCCGACAGCACUCUCUUUUUCCUCCUCCUCCUCCUCCACCGGCGAGGGAAGCUCCCCGUCGGCUCUGACCUUCCAGCAGGCAAUCCAGCGGCUGCAGGAGUACUGGGCCUCCGUCGGAUGCGCCGUCAUGCAAUGCAGCAACACCGAGGUCGGAGCAGGGACCAUGAACCCUCUCACCUUCCUCAGAGUCCUCGGCCCCGAGCCAUGGAACGUCGCUUAUGUGGAGCCAAGUGUACGCCCGGACGAUAGCAGAUACGGCGACAAUCCGAACAGGCUUCAGCGCCAUACUCAGUUCCAGGUCAUUCUGAAGCCCGAUCCAGGGAACUCGCAGGAUCUCUUUCUGCACAGCCUUUCAGCUUUAGGCAUCACUGUUCAUGAACAUGACAUCCGUUUUGUGGAGGACAACUGGGAGAGUCCGGUUCUUGGUGCUUGGGGAUUGGGCUGGGAGGUUUGGAUGGAUGGCAUGGAAAUCACACAGUUCACAUAUUUUCAGCAGUCAGGAAGCCUUCCAUUGCUGCCGGUUUCUGUCGAAAUUACAUAUGGACUUGAACGUAUCCUCAUGUCUCUUCAGGGAGUAGAUCAUUUCAAAAAGAUACAAUACACUGAAGGAAUUACAUAUGGAGAACUAUUCCUUGAGAAUGAGAAAGAGAUGAGUGCAUACUAUUUGGAGCAUGCAAACGUUGAUCACAUUCAGAAGCACUUUGACAAUUUUGAAGAAGAGGCUCGCUCUUUAUUAUCACUCGGGCUGCCAAUUCCUGCGUAUGACCAGGUUCUGAAGGCCUCGCACGCUUUUAAUAUUCUAGAUUCUAGAGGCUUUGUUGGUGUAACUGAGCGUGCGCGAUACUUUGGUCGCAUGCGGAGUCUUGCUCGUCAAUGUUCCCAGCUUUGGCUGAAAACACGAGAGGACAUUGGUUAUCCAUUGGGCACUUACCAAGAGGCUAAUCUUAUCUCUCCCCAUGUCUCUGAAAAGCUUAGUGAAAAGGAAGUACUGGGGCAGCCACAGGUGUUUGUUCUUGAAAUAGGAACAGAAGAGUUGCCGCCCCAUGAUGUGAUAGAAGCAACCGAACAACUUGAGAAAUCUCUGGUUCAAAUGCUAGGGAAGCGUAGACUGAGCCAUGGGAAGGUGCACUCUUAUGGGACACCACGGAGAUUAACGGUUGUUGUUGAAAAUCUUAGUAUGAAGCAACUGGAGGAAGAGGUUGAAUUACGUGGUCCACCAGUUGCGAAGGCAUUUGAUCAAGAGGGAAAACCUAGUAAGGCUGCUGAGGGGUUUUGUCGAAAGAAUAAUGUUCCAAUAGAUUGUUUAUACAGGAGAAUUGAUGGUAAAACAGAAUAUAUCUAUGCUCGUGUCAAAGAGUCUGCACGAUAUGCUGAUGAGGUCCUAUCUGAGGAUUUACCUACUAUAAUAUCUGGUAUUUCAUUUCCCAAGUCUAUGCGCUGGAACUCCAAUAUUGUGUUUAGUCGUCCAAUACGCUGGAUCUUGGCACUUCAUGGAGAUGUUGUUGUGCCAUUUUCUUUUGCUGGCAUCUCAAGUGGGAGUCAGUCAUGUGGCCUACGUAACUCCUCUUUGGCAAAUUUUAAGGUGGAAACUGCAGAAUCAUAUCUGUGCACUGUGGAAAAAGCUGGGGUCUUGAUUGAUAUGCAGGACCGCAAAGCAAAAAUCCUGGAUGACUCUAGUAUGUUGGCUGAAGGAGUUGAUGGGGCUUUCAUUGCACCUGAUAGCUUGCUGCAGGAGGUUGUCAAUCUUGUGGAGGCACCUGUGCCCAUUCUUGGUCGAUAUGAUGAUUCCUUCUUAGAACUUCCAAAAGAUGUAUUGAUAACGGUUAUGCAGAAACACCAGAAGUAUUUCCCUGUAACCUCCAAGUCUACAGGCAAUCUGCUACCGUAUUUUAUUACUGUUGCUAAUGGUUUUAUUAGUGAAGAAGUGGUCCGCAAAGGGAAUGAAGCUGUAAUCAGGGCAAGGUAUGAGGAUGCUAAAUUCUUUUAUAAGAUGGAUACACAGAAGAAUUUGUCUGAAUUUCGAGACCAGCUCAGGAGCAUUCUCUUUCAUGAAAAACUUGGUACAAUGCUGGACAAAAUGACACGUGUUGAAAAUGUUGUUGCGGAGUUGACCCUUGUUCUCGGAAUAAAUGACAAGUUGAUCCCAGUUAUCAAAGAUGCAGCUGCAUUGGCUAUGUCAGAUCUUGCCACUUCCAUUGUUACAGAGUUUACUUCACUUGCUGGAAUUAUGGCACGCCAUUAUGCAUUAAGGGAUGGUCUUCCAGAACAGGUUGCAGAGGCACUAUUUGAGAUAACACUUCCUAGGUUCUCCGGUGAUGUGUUCCCAAAAACAGAUGCUGGUAUAGUCCUCGCGGUUGCUGAUAGAUUGGAUAGCCUAGUGGGCCUGUUUGGAGCUGGAUGUCAACCAAGUUCUUCGAAUGAUCCAUUUGGACUGAGAAGGGUCUCUUAUGGACUGGUCCAAAUAUUGGUUGAGAAUAAGAUGAACUUUGACCUCACGAAGGCCUUGACCUUAGUGGCAGAGGUGCAACCUAUAAGAAUAGACAGUGACGUUAUAAAUGAGGUAGUACAAUUUGUAACGCGGAGAUUGGAACAACUUUUGGUGGACGAGGGAAUUAACUGUGAAAUAGUCCGGUCAGUUCUUAUCGAGCGUGCAAACUGCCCUUAUCUAGCGUCACAAACAGCAGCUGAAAUGGAAGCAUUUUCAACAACUGAAUUUUUUCCAAAAAUUGUUGAAGCGUAUUCAAGGCCAACUCGAAUUAUACGUGGAAAACAAAUUGAGUCUGCUUUGGAGGUUGAUGAAAGUGUAUUUGAGAAAGAUGAAGAAAAAGCUUUGUGGACUUCCUACUUGAAGGUUGCUGAUAAGAUUCAUCCUGGUGUUGAUGUUAGAACCUUUGCCGAGGCUUCUCUGCUUUUGAUACAACCCCUGGAAGAUUUCUUCAACAACGUUUUCGUCAUGGCGGAAGAUGAGAAAAUCCGCAACAAUCGGCUGGCGCUGCUAGAAAAGAUUGCAGGUUUGACCAAGGGAAUAGCUGAUCUCUCAGUUUUACCAGGGUUUUAGCCUCUGGAGCAAGCAUCGUGUCCCAUUUUUGAGUUUGUGUCCUGGAGUUGGAGCCAAAUUUUGUUCAUUUGUUACUGGCCAUUAUCUGAAAAAAAUGACUGGAAAAACAGUGAUUGCUUUCACUGCAUGCAAUUAGAGCUGACUCAUAUCAUAACUGCAUUUAAUUUCUCCACUUCUCUGUAUGAACAACUAGACAACUAAGUAUAGAGCAAGAAAUGUUUGUGCUGUAAUGAAUUGUUCUUUUGGUGAUUA